AUGAUACCCGGUUUACCGGAUGAUGGCCAACCUGAGGCAUCGUUCACACCUCUUAGGACUUUUGACGUUCCGAUCGACGGGUUAGGUCAGUGGGACUCGCAGGCAGCUGAUGGGGAGGUAGUGAGCCCCGAUUCUGUGUCCGAGGCGGAUUCUGAUCCACGGCCCGUCAUUAUAGAAUCAGAUGAGGAGAUUAUGGAGUGGGAGUCCGAUCCCGAUCCGGAGCCGAUGGAGUUAGAGUUAGAGCAUGAGGAGGACCCUGAAGAGGUGCCGGAGCCCGAGGAUGAUCCCGAGGAGGAGCCGUUGGAGGUCGAGUCCGAGCCCGAGUCUAUGGAUUCCGAGUUCGAGUCGUUCCACGAUUCAUCCGAGUCUUCUGGAUCCGACUCGGAUUGGAUACCACCUAGGGAUUAUCUUAGAGCGUAG